CGGUAGCAAAAACGGCUCUGUCGUUUUCGGGGCCCCUUGAGGGGGUGGGGUCCUGGCGGGGGCGGGGGUUGGCCGUGCUGUGCCCAGCGCCCCCGCCUCGCAGCCGGGGAGCAUGGCGUGCGCGGCGCCCGUGGACGAGCGCGCCUGGUUUGCCCGCGCGGCGGCUGCUGCCCGCGAGGCCUCGGGGGCCGCGUCGGCCUGCGAGCUGCGGCCGCUGGCGUUCUUCGUCGCGUGGGGCGGCGUCCUCACGCUCGUCUACGAGGGCUUCCCCGAGCCGCUCGUCGCGCUGAAGGGCGCGCUGGAGGCCGGCGAUCUGCCCCUGCGCAAGGAUCGGGAAGUGGCCGAAGACCACGCUUGGGGCCCUCGCGGACGGCGUCCCCGCGCUGACCUUGGAGCAGCUGGCGUCGCUGCGCGCCCUGUGCCUGGAGCACGGUGCGCCCUUCCAGCACGACGACGCCGAAUUAGACUCGGCGCCGCGCACAGGGGGGGUUCAGAGGAGGAACAUAAUGGCUCGACGACGCCGCACAAGAAUCUGUUCCGCGCACAUCCAAUUUGGUCCCUGCCUUGGCCUCGUCUUCGCCGAGGCCGCACCCGUGGGCACAGGGCUCCGUCCGGCGAUGUUCGCUGCCCGUCCGCCCUCUGCGCGCAGCCCGGCAGACUGCAGGGUGGCCGUCCGCGAGCUGGCCGCGGUGCGCUACCGGCGGCGUGGCCUGGAGCCUCCGGUGGAGGACCGCGUGGCCGUCCCGCUCGGAGCCGCGGCGCCGCCGGACGGCACCGGCGCCAGCGCGCCGGGUGCGCAGGCUCCCCCCGCCGAGGAAGCGGCGCGGGUGCGCGGGGUCCUGGCCGGGUGGGGCGACCUCGAGGCGUACCUGCCCCUCGUGAACCAGCCCGGCUCGCGGAUCGGCUCCUACCGGGACGGCUCCCCCUCCGGCGCCUGCCUGGUCGCUUUCCUGGGCGCUGGCCCCCCACUGCGCGAGGUCCACGGCCAGAUUUAGUCACUACCACCGCUAAUGUGGGGAGGAGGCGGAUGACCUUCCAGGCCUCGACGGCUUCAACGCUGUUUGCCGGGAUGCCCGCGGCGCGCUACGGUGUGCUGCGCCUGCAGGGGGGGCGGUGCGAGGCAACGAGAACCGCGCCUUGCGCAGCUACAGAGCUCUCAGUCACACCAAUUGGUCCAG